AUGGAGCUCUCCUUCCUUGCGGCUGGCACGAUUGUGCUGUACUUGAUCGGGAAGGCCAUUUAUAACAUUUUUCUUCAUCCGCUCCGUAACUAUCCGGGACCAUGGUACCGGUCCGCAAGCCGAUUGCCCUACACAGUCUCAAUCUUUCGAGGCGAUAGUACUCGCAGGGUGGAAGAGCUGCACAAUAAGUACGGCCACAUAGUGCGCAUCACGCCGGAUACCUUGUCCUACACAUGUAGCCAGGCGUGGACAGACGCCUAUGGCUUCACGCAGUCUGCCAAACGCGGCGGCCUCGCCAAAGACCCUAAGUUCUAUAUCAAAACGCCGGGCGUGGAUACCAUCGUGAAUGACAGAAAUCAUCGACGACUCCGGCGACUUCAAGCUCCUGCUUUCUCUGACAAGGCACUACUAUUGCAGGAGAGAUAUCUACAGCAUUACGUCGAGAAAUUCGUUUCAUGCCUGCACCAGCAGAUCAAGGCGCAAAAUGGCGCCGUUGACAUGGUAAAGUGGGUUAACUUCCUCACCACAGAUAUAAUCGGCGACUUGGCUUUCGGGGAGUCGUUUGGCGGCCUUGAUUCGGGAGAGCUACAUCCCUGGCUGGACGUAAUGUUUACAACACUCAAGACGUUUACUUUCAUGCGGGAAAUUCUUCGCUUGCCCUCGUGGAUGAUUAAGGCUGCUAUGUGGUGUAUACCCAAAGAACUGAUGGAGCACCAGCAAUCUGCUGUCGCUUUUGGCGCUGAGGCAGCCAAACGCAGGAUGGCAAUCGAGACUGACAGGUCAGAUCUUAUGUCGUACAUACUCAAGCACGAUGGGAAAGAUGAGAAAGGGUUGUCGCCAGCCGAAAUCGAGAUGGCAGCCAUCACAUUCAUCAUUGCAGGGAGUGAAACAACCGCGACCAUGAUCUCGGGCACCAUGUACCUCUUGCUCUGCAAUUUGCCUAUACUCUCAGAACUGACAUCGAGGAUACGCUCCGAUUUCACUUCAGAGUCCGAUUUCACGGGUGUUAAAUUGCAGCAGCAUGAAUACCUCAACGCCGUACUGAAAGAGGGCCUACGCUUGUAUCCUCCCGCUCCAGACACCCUGUUUCGCACCACGGGCAAUGAUAGCGCCAUUAUCGCUGGCCGGGUGGUCCCGCCGCAUACGAGCUUGACAGUCAACCUCUGGGCCGCUCACCGCUCUCCUGCUAACUUCCACCGGCCCCUUGAGUUCUGUCCCGAGAGGUGGUUAAAGGAGGCUCCAGUGGAAUUUGGGGACGAUGAUAAAGGGGUCUUCAAACCCUUCAGCAUCGGACCUCGAGACUGUCUCGGCAAGAACCUUGCUUGGGCCGAGAUGCGCAUAAUUUUAGCUUCGCUGGUCUGGAAUUUUGAUUUCCUGAACGUCGAGCCAGACAGCAUGGACUGGAUCGACAAACAGAAGAUCUUCAGCCUCUGGGAGAAGGUUCCUCUCGUGGUGAAAGUGGCAUCAGUUGGCGGCGGGGAUAUAAAAUAG